AUGGUCAGCCGCUUUGAACAUCCUGCUGGAGACUAUAAGAAGAUCUUUGAGACUGUGGAGGAGCUCAGUGAACCGCUUCCAGCGACAGUCACUGGUCGAAUCCCGUCAUUUAUAAGAGGAAGUCUGCUCCGUCUGGGUCCAGGCCUGUUUGAAGUUGGAUCUGAGCCCUUCUAUCAUCUGUUCGAUGGCCAAGCCAUGAUGCACAAGUUUGAUUUCAGCAAUGGUCAGGUCACUUAUUUACGCAAAUUCAUUAAAACAGAUGCAUACGUCCGUGCCAUAACAGAGAAUCGUGUUGUAAUCACUGAAUUUGGAACAUGUGCUUAUCCGGACCCCUGCAAGAACAUCUUCUCCAGGUUUUUCUCUUACUUCAAGGGCGUUGAGGUCACAGAUAACUGUCUAGUGAACGUUUAUCCCAUCGGAGAAGACUUCUAUGCCGUCACAGAGACAAACUACAUCACUAAAGUAAACCCGGACACUUUAGCGACUCUAAAAAAGGUGGACAUGUGCAACUAUGUCAAUAUAAACGGAAUAACAGCCCACCCUCACAUCGAGAGAGACGGCACGGUGUACAACAUCGGAAACUGCAUGGGGAAAGGAGCCUCACUGGCUUACAACAUCAUCAAGAUCCCACCCAAGCAGAAAGAUAAGUCAGACCCGAUUGAGAAAUCCAAGGUGGUGGUGCAGUUUCCCAGCGCUGAGAGGUUUAAACCAUCUUACGUGCACAGCUUCGGGAUAACGGACAACUACUUUGUGUUUGUAGAGACGCCCAUCAAAAUCAACCUACUGAAGUUCCUGAGUGCCUGGGCCAUUCGUGGGUCCAACUACAUGGACUGCUUUGAAUCCGACGAGCAGAAAGGAACAUGGAUCCACAUAGCCAAGAAGGAUCCAGGCGAGUACAUCGACUACAAGUUCAGGACUUCAUCCAUUGGACUUUUCCACCACAUCAACUGUUAUGAAGACUCAGGGUUUAUUGUUUUCGACCUGUGCGCCUGGAAAGGAUUUGAGUUUGUGUACGACUACCUGUGGUUGGCAAACCUACGUCAGAACUGGGACGAGAUCAAGAAACAUGCCAUGAUCGCCCCUCAGCCAGAAGUGCGCAGGUUUGUGGUCCCACUGGACCCCUACAGGGAGGAACAGGGGAAGAAUCUGAUCUCCUUGCCAUACACGACAGCCACAGCGACGAUGCGUGCAGAUGGAACCAUCUGGCUGGAGCCUGAGGUGCUUUUCUCCAGCCCUCGCCAAGCCUUUGAGUUUCCUCAGAUCAACUACAAAAUGAACAAUGGGAAGAACUACAUGUACGCCUACGGACUCGGCCUGAACCACUUCAUCCCUGACAGGAUUUGUAAGCUGAACGUAAGGACUAAGGAGACGUGGGUGUGGCAGGAGCCGGACUCGUACCCGUCAGAGCCGCUAUUCGUACAGAACCCUGAUGGCGUCGAUGAGGACGACGGUGUGCUGUUGACCAUCGUGGUGUGUCCCGGAGCACAGAGACCUACAUACUGCCUGAUCCUGAACGCUAAGGACCUGUCGGAGAUCGCCCGGGCCGAGGUGGACAUCAUUUCUCCCGUCACCUUCCACGGCAUGUACAAACCGUAA